CUCAAAGGCAUGGAUCUUUGAUGAAAUGUAAUGUUUUCAUGGCAUAAACUGGAUUUUAUUCGUCGUAUUUAAUGGAAAAUAAGACAUAAUUAGUGCUAUGUUACCGUGAUUAAAUCUGAAAAAAACUGUUCCAUGUUGUACAGCUAAUGCAAAUCAAGAAAUAAUGGAUAAUGAACAUGAGGAUAAAGAACUUAUAUUCCCUAUUGAAGAGGAUACAGCUGAAAGCCUGACACUUGACUUUGACCGAGAUGGCUUGACUAAAAUGAAGAAAGCUGUCAAGGCCAUUUUUAACAGUGGCAAUGCACAUGUGGAUAAUGAAGUCUAUUUAUCCAAGGCAUUAGAUAGACUGGGAGCAAAUGCCAUGACAAAGGACCAAGAACCAGACAUAGGUGCUGCAUUUAUAAAGUUUUCUAUAGUUACAAAAGAGCUCUCUGCACUUAUGAAAACACUUAUGCAAAACUUAAACAAUAUAAUAAUGUUCCCAUUAGACAAUUUGUUAAAAGGUGAUUUGAAAGGUGUUAAAGGCGAUUUAAAGCGGCCUUUUGAUAAAGCAUGGAAAGACUAUGAAACUAAAAUAACAAAAAUAGAAAAAGAGAAAAAACAGCAAGCUAAAGAAGCUGGUUUGAUACGAACAGAGAUAUCACCUGCUGAGAUAGCUGAAGAAAUGGAAAAAGAAAGAAAAAUAUUUCAGCUGCAAAUGUGUGAAUACCUUAUUAAAGUGAAUGAAAUUAAAACUAAAAAAGGUGCUGAAUUACUUCAACAUUUAGUUGAAUAUUAUCAUGCUCAGAAUAAUUAUUUUCAAGAUGGUCUCAAAACAAUAGAACAUUUUAGUGGUUAUAUCAAAGAGUUAGCUACUAAAUUGCAAAAAAUCAGACAAAAACAAGAUGAAGAAAGGAAAAAACUUGUUGAUUUGAGGAAUACUCUUCGAAAUUCUCCUUCUCUUGACUCUCGAGAGAGUUUAGUUCUGUAUCCAUCUGGUUAUACACCUCACCAACCUUCAGGAAAUGAGAAUUUUGGAUACACAAAAAUUGGCAAUCUCCUAAAAAAGUCAGAUGGAAAAGUAAGGAAAGUGUGGCAGAAACGCAGAUGUGAAAUCAGGGAUGGAUUUCUGUACAUUUCUCAUUCAGAUGAAAAUAAACCCCCUACAAAACUAAAUCUUCUUACAAGUCAAGUGAAGGUUGUACAAGAAGAGAAAAAAUGUUUUGAUCUCAUAUCAUAUAACAGGACGUAUCAUUUUCAAGCUGAAGAUGAAAAUGAAAUGGAAGUAUGGAUGUCUGUAUUAGUAAAUUGUAAAGAAGGUGCUCUUAGAAAAGCAUUUGAUGAUUCUGGGCAGACAGGUUCCACUAAAUUAAAUCAAAGCUUAAUGGAAUUACAACAAGGUAUUAUUCGACAAGUGCAAAGGUUACCUGGAAAUGAUAGAUGUUGUGAUUGUAAUUCCACCAAAGAUCCCACUUGGCUAUCAACAAACUUUGGAAUCUUGAUGUGCAUUGAAUGUUCCGGGGUUCAUAGAGAUCUUGGUGUUCACAUAUCACGAAUUCAGUCUUUGACAUUAGAUAAUAUUGGAACAUCUCAGCUUUUGCUUGCAAGGGUUAUGAGUAAUGCUGGUUUUAAUGAUAUUGUCGAAGCCACAUUGAGUCAAGCCAGGAAACCUACACCACAAAGCUCCAUGGAGGAACGUUAUGAAUUUAUUAGAGGAAAAUACGUCGAUCGAAAAUUUGCAAUAAGGACAUGUUCAGAUGAAAAUGAUUUAAUAAAUGACUUAGAGAAUGCAGUUACUUCAAAAAAUGUCUACCAAUUACUCCAGGCAUUUGUGGAAGGUGUUGAUUUAACUAGUGUUCUACCAAAUAGUGCAAUAGGUGAAACAAGCUUACAUGUUGCUGUUUCACAGGAGGAUGGUACUUCCUUACACAUUGUAGAUUUCCUAGUUCAAAAUAGCUCAAGCCUAGAUAAACAAACCAAAGAUGGAAGCACAGCACUUCACAUUUGUGCUCAAAGAAAUCAGUCUGAGUGUAUGAAAUUACUGCUUCGUAGUGGUGCUAAUCCUCAAAUUGAAAAUCGUGAAGGGAAAACUCCAUUAGAUAUUGCCAAAGAAAAAGAUUUUCAUACUUGUGUGGAGCUGUUAGAGCAUGCUGUGCAAAAUAAGAAAACUAUGUUUGAAAAUGUAAAUAUUGAUUGGGGCCUGUCUCAAGAAGAUGGUUCUACAGAUUUCAGUGAUGAAGAUGGGGAAGAUAAUAAGGGUGGUCAAGUGACACCUGAGCAUCUGAACCGUUCUCGGCCGUCCAGUGUUGUUGGUAAUGAGUCCCCAACCAGUAGAUCAAGUUCUAUAAGUGAAACAGUUAAGCAAAGUCCACUUGUGACUCCACGCACAAUGCCACCACCUCCACCACCACAGAAUAAGAAGCCAUUUAUCCCUGGUUUGACCUCCCAUGGGAGUAUGAAGAAAAGAGCUGCACCCCCUCCACCCACCCUUAAUUCCAGUAACAACUGUCCUGCCACACCUAGCCAUUCCCGUACUCCUUCUGACCCAGGACUUUCCCAAUCCCCAUCCGGAAUUAAUCACCGAAGAAAUCAUUCCACAGAUCUCAUUUCCUGCAGCUCACAUUCUAUCAACAAUUCCAGCUCGUCCAUAGACUUCAACUACAAUGGCAAUGGCCUAAGGUUCCAGUCUGCUACCAUUACCCUUGCACCAGGUGCCAAACAGGUGCUGCCAAAAACAUGUGAAUUUCCAGUGCUCAAAAGUGUAGAAAAACCAUCAGUAUCAAACACUGGGUCACUACAAAGGCCUAAGUGUCCACCUCCUCCAACACCAUCAGUUUUAAAUGAAACAAUAGAAACUCUAAGCAAUGGGCAGUCUUCUGAUAGUUUACCUCAAUCAGGUGACUCCAAUAGUAGCCAAAGCCAAACACCAGUACCUCCACCAAGAAAAAGACAUGACACUCUCAAGCCGAGACGUUGUAGAGCUUUAUAUGAUUGUGAUGCUGAUCGGGAAGAUGAGCUAUCAUUUAAGGAAGGUGAAAUAAUCACCAUAAUCAGUGAAGUGACAGAUGAUGAUGAUUGGAUGGAAGGCAUGAUCGAAGGACAACCAGAGAGACGAGGCGUCUUUCCCUCAAGUUUUGUCCAUGUGCUAAAAGAUUAAAUAUAUAUCUAUCAUGCUUCACUGUUCCCUAUAAACUUAACAAAGCCUUUGUAUAGUGUUCAUGAGGUUAGUCUUCCGCUAUAAUUGGCUGCUCUUCGCACAAACUGAAAAAAAAAUACAAAAAUCUUCCUUGUGUAUAGUACACACACAAUGCAAUUUCUGAACUCGUAGCAAAGAUGAAAUCGACAGGUGACAGCUUUAUCUACCUACACAAACACUGGUAGUUUUAAGCACAGAAAGCAUAACCUUGAUCAAAUUCAGCAUUUGCUGAAAUAUAAAGGAUGCUUAUCCUUCCCUCUAUCGAACUUUGAACAGAGGUAUGAAAAACCUUUCAACAGUUAAUUUUAUUUUUGCAUAAAUUGUGAUUUUCUGAAAUAUGAAUUACUCUCCAUGUAUAGCUUAAUUAUAGUAUUAUACAAUAUGUAUUACUCCAUUCUUUACUUGUAAGACUCAAUUUAUCUGCAUUGUUCGGAAUGGUCCUUGUCAUACUAGUCAUUGUGUUAAGCAACACAUAAUUUUUCCUCCAUACUUAAAUUCUGUUCUCUUCUUCCCUGGUGUUUUAUGCGUUUGUAUUUGUAUGUAAGAGAUUUGAAUGUUGAAUUAUUUGUAAUAAUAACACCUUUCUUAUUAUUUUUAUGUGCUUAUCUAUCUGUUUUCUUUUUGUUAAAUGAGGAUGAAGUUUUUUUUUUUUAUUUCAUGUCAUAAGCAAAGUAUAAAUUUUCAAAGUUUUUUUUUCUUUUUCUGUUUGAAAAUAGUAUCAAAUUGUAUAAUUUAUUUGUAGACUCAUCCCAUUCUAUCAUCAAAAAUUUUAUACUUUUCUUUUAUGUAAUUAUAAUCAUAAAAUAUAUUGGGUAUUACUUUAGGUAUUUAUGAUGUGUAGUGAAAUAGAAUCCUCUUAAUGAAUCUUAUGCCUUAAAAAUAAUUGUUGAUCAGCAAGUUAUGUCAAAGCUGAUUCAGAAUUUAUCUUUUAGAAAAGAAUUCUUUAUUUAAUAUUCAUUUUAUUUUGAUAUAUAAUUUGUGUGACUCUCAAAAUUCCUUUUAAAAUAUCUAAUAUAAAAAUUUUUAUAUUGUGAUAUUUUUAUAUAAUCUUAAAUACUUAACAACAUCAGUAAAAAAUUCUUUUUUUUUAACUUAGUUUUUUUUAUUGCAUUUUAAAAGACUUUUUUGGGGCUCUUUUGUCAUUCCUUAGGAGGAAAGCUAAAUGUUUCUAUUUAAAAGAAUUUUGUAAAUUUAAAGCCCAUUAUUUUUUUCAAUUGAUGCAAAAAUAAAACCUUCUUUAAACACAUUAUGAGAAUUCUGUAUAUUACAUUUAUGAAAUAUUUUAUAAUUAUAUUUUUUGGUAUUUAUGUUAAGAGAUUAAUUUGUGCACAAUUUAAGGGUGCUUUUUUUAAGUUUGUAUGCCGAAUGAGAUUAAUGCCCACCCCCUUUCUUUUUUAGCAGUGGUUUGAAAAUAUACUGCAUUUCUAUUCCCCUCCUCUCCCAAUACACAGAUCAAAAGUUUUCUUGUUAAAUAAAUAAAUAAAAAGUAUGUAUUAGGUUCCCCUAUCUCAUAUGCUUAUCGAAUGGUGAAUGUACUUACUUUUUUUUUUUUGCUGAUAUUUAAUUGUAAUUAUCGAUGGUCAUACUCUUUGUAAUUAUUUAAAUUGCUAUAUUUGAUUCACUUAUUUCAUAAUAAAUUUUUAUAUCUUCUUCAACAAAUUUCAUCAUAAAUCAAAGUUUUAUUUGGAUUUUUUUUAAUAGUUAAAUGCAUUUUUUUAUUUUUUUGUUAUUCCAUAUGUAUGACAGAUAUAAAUAAUGUUUUGAAUAUUUUAAAGUUUUAAUUUUAUCAAUUUUUAUCAAAAAUAAUCAAAAAUGAGAAAUGCUUUGUUUUGUUUUUUUACAUCAUUAUUUUACCUAAAAAUAACAUAGAAAGUUAUUGAGAAAUUUUGAUUGGUUGAAAGAAAGUACUACUAGUAGCUAGCUCUUCUGUUUCGAAAUAUUUCCAUCUUAUUUGAAAUUAUUUUAAUAUUUUCUCCCUUUUCCUUCCUCUUUUGUGUUUCAAACAGGGGAGCAAAGUUAUUAUGUACCAUGCUGGUUAUAAGUCCAUAUAAUAUUUUGCAAUGAAAUAAUUGAUUCAAAGUUGUCUUUUGCUCUUUCUGUAACUUUUUGUUUUGAACUUCCAAACAAUAUUGAAAGAAAAUUUAUUUAAAAUGAAUAUAUAUGUGCAUUAUAUAUUCAUGUUCUGAGAACUUCGUUUUAAAUUGUCAAGAAUAUGCAAAGUAUUUUUUUUUAUAUUGCUUUCCUGAAAGAAGAAAAAAUUAUAAAAUAUAUAAUUUAAUAAAGUUCAUAUAAAAUAGUUAGUUUUAAAAAAUUAGUUAUAUAGUAUUCUCUUUUGCGUUGAAAAUUCAUUUGUAAAUAAACUUCCUGCAUAUGCCUAAAUAUCUUGAAACGAGGGAUUAUGAGACUUCAAGAUUUGACAAUUUGCUGCAAAAUAAUAUAUAUAAUAUCAUGCCUGGGCUAAUAUUUUAAAUCUAAUUUUAAAGUGCAUGGAUUGUAAUGAUUAAAAGUUUAUAGUCAUAAUUUUUAUAUUAUUUAUUAUGUUCUUUUAAUUCUUCUCAUUUUAAAUCUUUCAUAUUUAGUUUAUCAGAAAUUUCUGUAACAAAAAUACACCAUAUAGUGUCAUUGGAAAGUGGCAAAGCUUUGUAAAUAGUUUGCUUCAUACAUUUUCAUUUGUAUAAAAUAAUAAUCUUCUACAAUCUGUGAAAUAUAAAUUUUAUUUAUUAUUAUUUUUAUAUAGAUUCCUAUGUAUAUAAUACUUUGUAAAAUGUUCAAAUAAAUUUAUUCAGCACUCAAAAAAAGAAGAAAAAAAAUCUACACCUUAAGAGAAACGCAAUUCAGCAGCACUUUGUUUCUAUAAUUAUCUUGAAUAUUUUAUUUUCUAUGACUCCAAAAUUAUUAAUUAUAAAUGAUAGAUUUAUUUUUUUAAGAGAAUUGAAGUACAAAUCGAUUUGAGUUAAAAUAUUGCAUUUAAAAGUAGUGCUGAUAUUCAUGUUGAUCCCAUCACAACUAGUGAACUUCAGUAUCAACUAGUAUUAAUUAGCAAACUUGUUACACUUAAAUUUUUACUUACAGUUAUUAAGGAUAGUAGAUGUGUUUGUAAAAGCGCACAAUAGUGUAUUCUAAAAUAAAUAGGGAUUAAAUUUUUACACUUUUAUUUUUUAUUAUUAUUAUUUUAAUUUGCUAAAAUGAAAGCUUGUAAUCAAUGCUCUGUACCUGAAUUUUGCAAACUCUAUACUAAGGACCAACCUUUAGCUUAAAUUACCUUAAAGUUCAAUUUUUCAUUGGUUUCACAUGAUACAAAAAUUUAAUUUGUGUUUGUAUAUCCCUAGAUCAAAAGUAAUGUCUUAAAAAGGGACAAAAUGGGAAAUUGGAUAUUUUUGUUAAAUAUUCUAAGUAAAGCUUAAAAUAUUGAAUAACUAUUUAAUACCAAAUUACUGUAUUAAUUGUAGCAUUUAAUGUGAAAUCAAGAUGUCAUCUCACUAGUGGUAGGAAUUUUAUAGAAGGCAUAAAUUUAUUUUAUGAUUAAUUGAUCUGCAUAAAAACUUUAUAACUUUAAUAAAUCUGAAAUAUUUUUUUUUUAUUUUCCAAAAGAUAUGCAAUUUUUUUUAAUAAAAAAGGACUUUCCUUUGAAAAUUUUUAAAAUUGCAUUUUAUUCUUAAAAGCUUAUACCAUAGAUAAUACAUAAAUUUGGUUUUCUAUAAUAUGAUUAUCUGAAUAUUAUUUAGGGAAAAAUCUUUUAGAAAUAAUUUUAUGUUUAAAAGUUUUUAAAAGGAAAGAAAAAAUAUAUAUAUAUUGUGCUAAUAUGGAAAAGAAAUUCUUAAAAGCUUCAUUAAGAAAUCAUCUUUUUACUAUAUUGUUACAUACAUUUUUUGAAAAAUUUAAUAGCUCUUUAUGACACUGUAAUGAAAAAAGAAAUAAAAUUCUUGUUUUAUGUUUAUAUUCGCGUAGAUAUUUUUGUGUUGCUAGAGUUUAUAAAAUUUUUAUAUCUACUUUAAUUUUAUAAUUAAGAAUAUGGUACAUUAUCUUCCUCUUUAUUUUAAUCCCUGAUAAAUAGUAUAUGAAUGCAUUAAAUAUGAACUGGUGCUUUACAAUGAUUGUUUAAAUGUUCAAUAAUGAAUACUCUUUGCAAAUGUUAAGAUUCGGUAUCUUUAAUAUUUGACAAAUUUUUAAAAUAUUGGUGCUUGAGAUAGUUAUAUUACAAUUUUUGUGUAGAUCUUUUCUUUAUUAUAAUUUUGUGAAAGAAUUUGUUGUGAAUUUAAAAAUUGAGGUUUACAUGUCUGUGCUUCCUUAUUUGUUAAUUAAAUAGAUUGUUAGUCAAAAAAUUUUACUGUAGCACUCGUUUUGUUCUUAACUGUAUCUUUGCUCAAAAGCUUCAAGUCCGUCUACUGUUGCAAGGUUUAAAAAAUUGUAGAACAGUAUUACUUUUUUGUGUGUUUAGUGUGAAAAUUGUUUUGUGAGUGCCCUUAAUAAUGUUACAUUUUGGUUCUGCGUGAACCAAGAAUUGUGCUUGCUUUUUUAUUUUAUUAUAUUAUUGGAAAUCUGAAUGUUCUUAUGCCUCUUGAAAUAGUGUAACUGCCCUAUUAUGUCAUGGGUACCAUUUGUUAGGAUGAAUAUGUGUAAUCAAAUAUUUUAAAAGGAAUCUCAGAAGUGGACUGGAUUUAUUUUUAAUUUCCUUUUCAUUGUUUGUUUAUUUUAAAUGUAAAAAUCUGAGUGUAAAAAGUUUGAGGUGAAAUAAUAGUAAAAAAAUUCCCUUAACUUCAGUUCAAAAUCUUGAAACAUAGUUUUUAUUUUAAGGUUUCUUUUAAGAUUAGACUAAUUUCUAGAAUUGUUUUUGUUGAUAUAUGUAUACACAAAGGUUUUAUAUAAGAAAUUUUCCCAAGGUUAGAAUAAUGCAAUUAUUUUGCAUUAUAAUAGCUAUUUUGAAAUUGUUAUUGAAUGAAAGAUUCACAGUGUUGUUGCUUAUUUAUUAUUAUGCAUAUAGAUCUGCCUUUUGUUUGCUCUUUUUCUAAGUUUCUAAACCAGUAGAUGAAUGAAAUAGGCAUUCAUUCACUCCCUCUGAAAUUUAUUUUUCUUUGUCUCGGAAUUAAAAAAAGGGUAUUUCAGAUUAAGGAUUGUUGGAUAUUUUUUAUGAUUAUGUAACAGUAAAUAUUUUUAAAUGUGCCAUAAUGUUAUUUUAGAAGCUCAAAAUUUCUACAGUGAUUUUUUUUUCUUUUUUUAAGGGAGAAUAUGUUUAAAUGCUUUAAAGUACAUAAAAAAAAGGGCCUUUAAAAAUAGGCUGCCAUUUUUUUUUUUUUUUUUUUUUUUUUUUUAUUAUUAUUUCUUUCAGCUUAAUAAUUUAUUUCAAAUAUGAAUUGGAAAACAUCUGGGAACAAAUUUGAAACUUAGACAGUGCCUUUUCAUAAACCUACAAUAGGUACCCAUAGCAGUUGUUUUAUAUUAUGUUACUCUCUUGUAGACUAAAGUGAGAAAGUGACUGUAUAGUUUUGGUUUGUUUAAUGAGCUCACAUACAGAAUUUGUGUAUUUGCUUGGUGUGUUUUAUGUGUGUAUUUUUUCAAUGAUAGUUGAAAUGAGCAUUAUUUGAAUGUGUAAAUACUGUAAUAAUUUAUAAGUGUUUGAAACAUUUAUGACAUUUACACAUUUACAAAGUUUUAUACAUUUUCCCAUGAUUUGUGUAAUAUGCUUAUAAUACAAUAACUCCACUGUAGAUAUGUAAAACUAGUCUAGUUGGGAGCACAUGGUUUUGACUCCAAAUGCCCAAUUACCCAUUCCAUUAUUGUAUAUUGUAAAUAUUGAUGCAAUUUGUAUUCAAAUUCUCCAAGUUUAAAAGCAUAAACAUUAUGUAAAGUGCUUCAUCACCUUAAUAGUUACUUAAAUAUUUUGUAACAAGUACUUUAAAUAGCUUCAUCAGCUGGAAAAAGUUCAUGAAACUUAAUAAAAUUGUUUUCAAUAAUUUUCCUUGAUAUGUUCUUAAGUAAACAAUGAAUGCAAAUUGUAUGUUAUCUUAAAUAGAAAAUGUUUUAUAAAUAAUAAAGAAAUUAGGAAUUGUCUACCAAUAAAUAGCUUAUAUUUUCCA